UGAAAGCUAAUUAAUUUAAAUAUCUUACAACUAUAUUUAGUUUUUUUUCAUAGAAAGCCUGAAGCUGCUGGGCUCUACCCAUAUUCUACGGCAGAAAGUAGUAUGCGACUUGCCAGGAAAAGUUCACUGCCACCACCACCUCCUUCGUUGUCCGACUUGGCUAAUCUUUUUGACUCAAGAAGUUUGAGUCAAUACAAUUGCUGACAAGACAUUGUCCAAGGGUUGUGUGCGCGAGGUCGAUGGCCGAGGGGCAAUGAUAUUUACAUGCACAACCUUGAUACAAUCAGUUGUAAGCAACAAUGUUGAAGAAAUUCAUAUUGAUGCAACAUUUAAGGUUGUUCCAUCAAAUAUGGGAAGGCAAAUGUUAAGCAUUCAUUGCAUGAUAGGGAACCAUUCCAUACCCAUUGUGUAUUGCCUCAUGGAGGCUAAAUCCAGAAAUACGUACAACAGUGUUUUUAAUUUCUUAAAAUUAAACAUUCUGACAAACCUAAAUCCGACCAUUAUUAUAACAGAUUAUGAGAUGGCACUUAGGGAUACUCUUUCAUUUUAUUUCCCCAAUGCACGUACUGUAGGUUGUUGGUUCCACCAUAACCAAGCAGUUUGGAAAAAUAUGAAGAAAAAAGGAUUUUUGCAACUAACAAAUUCAAAUGAAUAUGCUUUAAAAGCUUUGAAAAUGCUGUUAGCUCUGCCACUUUUACCAUCAGGUGAUAUUCAGAGAGAAUUUGAUACAGUGAGGAUAUACGCGAUAAACCACAAUGUUCUGAUGGUUGAUCUAUUUGAUUUCUAUCAAAACUUUUGGCUUAGGCGAGUAGGAGUAGAAACAUUAUCGGUCACUGGCCUACCAAGGCGCACCAAUAAUUGUGUAGAAAGUUUUCACAAUAGUUUGAGGAUAAAAUUCAACGUGGUUCACCCGAAUUUGUGGAUAUUUUUAGAUCACCUCAGUCAUCUCAGUAAAAAUGUCCAUAUAACCAUCACCCAGAUUUCUAAUAACUUGUGCCCUUCGAGGAAACAGAAAACAAAUAUCCUAACGAAUUUGAAUAGAAUUCAAAAUUCUAUUCAUGAAUAUCCGUGGGGGCUGAUAACCAUGUGGCAAUUUCUCUGCCGUACUGCACAUGUUACUUUAGCCUAUGAACAACGGCAGAGGAAUUGGGCGCUUCAUGUGGAAGCAGAAAGAUCACCACCCCUAGAAGCAGCAGUUUGACCACCACCAGAAGCAGCAGUAGUUUGACCACCACCAGAAGCAGCAGUUGGAGCACCACCACCACCACCACCAAAAGCAGCAGU